AUGUAUACAAAAGUAUUGGCUUUGAUUCUCCCGAUCUACGUAGCGAGUGUUGAAGCUUUUCAAAUUCAAGAAAAUGCCCUGGCGGAGGCGAGGGGUAAAGGAAAAUAUGCAUUGUUAAUUCACUUCUUCUACGUGGUGGCCACAAAGCUUUUCGUCCUCAAAAUAAUCUACGGCGUCAUUCUCUACAUCAUAGCUACAAAAGCGUGGCACUUUGUUCUGUGGCUCAUACACUAUCUCAAAGAAAAGGAGCACCAUCACGAUCACCAGGAAGUCUACGUGGCGUAUGACCACGAGCCCUAUCACAGCCAUCACAGCUAUCACGAUCAUCAUGAUGAUCACAGCAGUUAUGUGAUAGACGACGAUGCUUACGAUCAUCAACCGUACGGUGCAUACUCUUCUAGCUAUGGAAGAAUUGAUACAAGGCAUACGCAGAAGAAAGUUUACGAUGCCGAUGGAUCUUAUUCUGUAGGAGGUUAGAAGAUGUACUCAAUAGAAAUGCGUCUUUCCGGAA